AUGAAAUCGAGAACAGUGCGGAAUAUAGCUAGUUGUCUACAUCUGAUAGUGGUCUGUAAUUUGUUAUCCAAUACGACAGCUGAUUAUGGCAGUCUAUCAAAGCACGAACGUAGCAAAAGAGCGCCAAUACCAUGGCUUAUAUUUCCAACAACUUCACCCACUCGCGUACAGUUCAUCGGUGGAAUUGGUAUACCGCUAGAAGAUCUGGAGUACGAGGCAGUUACAACGGGUUAUGUGCUCAAAGCGGAAUAUUGGCUACCGGAAACGCCGGAUGCUCUGCGUACGCCAACCGCUUUACCAAUUAAUCAGGUACCCACAUUGGGAUCUGUGGGAGCACGCAGACGUCGUCCCAUGUUUGAGAACUUUCUUGUGAGUGCCGAUGAUCUUGGCAAGAGCACAAAGAAGCUGCUGACACGGACCAACAAAGUGCUGAGUAGUUAUCGCUGGACGGUCUACAAGGGUCUGGAGGGAUUGGCGAAACGCUUGGGCUAUCAGGGUCGCAUUUGUGUCCUCAAAAGUAUUUGCGAGGUCGCUGAAGAACCUUUCCACUUUACAAACGGACUUAUUGCGGAACUUCUGCACAUACUUUUAACCCCUUCAUCAUCGGUUGAUAAGCUGUCUGAGCAUGCGGAUAAUGAGUAUUAUUAUGCUGAGAAGGUGGGACAAUCGGGUGCUGGCUGUGAGCGUGUUUUCAAAGAGUGUCGUCGAAGUUUGUUGCAACACUUUAGCGAAUUACACGACAAUCUGGAUAAACUAAUGCAAUUGACAAUAAAAACUAAGUAA